CGAGACCCGUUGCUAGGAUACCGUCGCCUCAAGUAGCCUAACCAAACUUAGGCUCACGUGACUGGGUUUUACUUUUGCAUCCCACAGAGUCUGAUAGGCUCGGUUUUGUUUGUUUGUUUAUCUAUUGAAAAGCGGUGUGUGCGCAUCGCUAGCAUGGAGAUCGUCAACGUUCUGAUGAAGCGCCGCAGUGAGUUUAACCGGCUGCGUGGCUUCGUAGAUUCCGAUUUUAAAAAGCUGGUGGACAUGUCGCCGGAGCCGAGCACGAGCGAGCACGCUCUCCACAAAGACCAGAGCAUCCAGGCCGGCCAAGAAUUGACCGAGAACGAGGUAAACACGGUGGGCUUGGAGUUCGUCAGCUGCGGGAUGAACCACAUCGAGGGGGGUUGGUCCAAAGACAUCGACCAUGAAAAUAUGGAGCAAACCAUUCGUUUUAGGAAGAAGGCGGGAAAAAAUGAAGCGUACAUAAGCAGCAUCUUACAGCUGGGAAGGGUCAUGGAGUUUUCCAUAAGGCAGAACAACGCCAUCGACAAAUAUGAGCAGUACUUUGAAGAGGAGGAAGAGGAGGAGGAAAACCACGACGUGCCUUACGCCAAAACCGUGACGGUUUUAAGAGAUCCUCACCAGGUGAAGCGAACUGUAUCCGGUCUGUCCUGGAGUCCUGAUAGAGGCAGGAAACUGGCUGUUGCUUAUUCGUCUGUAGAGUUCCAGCAAACUUCCCAGCUGAACACAGACUCUUACAUCUGGGAUGUCGAGAAACCCAGCAUUCCUGAGAUGGUUCUGAAGCCCUCAUCGCCUCUCGUCUGUCUGGAGUACAACCCGAGGGUCUCCUACACUCUUAUGGGAGGCUGCUACAACGGACAAGUUGCUUACUGGGACACUCGGAGAGGCUGUCAAACUGUGGCGUAUUCCUCUGUGGAGCAUAGCCACAAAGAUCCCGUCUACAAGGUCAUCUGGCUUCAGUCCAAGACUGGAACUGAUGCUUUCUCUGCUUCCACUGAUGGACAGGUGCUGUGGUGGGAUGUACGGAAGCUGAGUGAGCCGACUGAGCGGCUGAUCCUGGAUCUUGGGAAGGAGGGGAACCUGGGUCGCGCUUUAGGAGCUAUCUCUCUGGAGUUUGAGAUCACCAUGCCGACAAAGUUCAUGGUGGGGACGGAGGAGGGCUUGAUCAUCUCCUGCAACCGGAAGGCAAAGACUCCCGCAGAGAAGAUUGUCUGCACGUACGACGGCCACCACGGGUCUGUCUAUGCCGUGCAGAGGAACCCCUUCCUCCCCAAAAACUUCCUCACCGUGGGAGACUGGUGUGCACGUAUCUGGUCUGAGGACAUCAAAGAGUCAUCGAUCAUCAACACCAAGCAUGGGGUGUCAGAGCUGAUGGAUGCAUGCUGGAGUCCAGUCAGACCUUCUGUUUUCUUCACCGUAAAGAUGAAUGGCGUGCUGGACGUCUGGGACAUCCUGUUCAGUCAGAGCGACCCCACUUUGAGCGUCAAGGUGUGUGACAGUGGCCUGUACAGCAUCCGUGUUCAGGAGAACGGACACCUGGUGGCGUGCGGAUCUGAGAAGGGCGAGGCAACACUGCUAGAGAUCAGUUCUGGAUUGUCAACCGCGCAGAAAAAUGAGAAAAGUCUAGUCGCUGCUAUGUUUGAACGCGAGACGAAGCGCGAGAAAAUCCUGAUGGGCCGACAGAGAGAGAUCCGUUUGAAGGAGAGGUGUCGGUCGGAGCAGAGCAGAGAAGAGGAGGUUGUGCGGGAGGACGGAGAGGAGAGCCCCCAGGAGCUUCUUGCUCGAGCGGAGAAGGAUUUCUACAGCAUGGUGGAGGCCGAGCUGAAAAGAAGGAGGAAAGGCAAAGAUUUGAGACAGGAACAAGUUUUCAUUGAGGAGGAAAAAUCAGCUGACAAUUCAAAUAAACUGGGGAGCUGAAUAAAUUGACUUUAGUUUUAGGACACAC